CAAACGGAAAACACCGUCGAGUGAGCAUCCGUGACAGUCUCGGCAGUGACGAUGUACUAAGAAGCUGUUGGCGGAGACACAUAUCAUUACUUGUCCCCCAUCGCUGCUUGAACCAACGUCUUAUUUUGUGCGGUGGCAGAGCUUACGAACAAACGAACAAAAAACGAGAGGAAAUAUGGGUGCGGCUUGUGGAAAGUCUGCAGGCGCGGAGGUUGAGCAAGAAGAGAGCACGCUGAGUGUAAUGUUUAAGCGCAUCGAUAAGGAUAACAAAGGAUACAUAUCCCCGACAGAUCUAAAAGAGAUGAUGAAAGAUGACAAAACGCACUUUCAAGGAAAGGAUGCUGAUCACAUCAUGGCCAAGUACGGAACCGACAAUAAGAUGAAUGUCGCCGAGUUCCGGCAAUGGUGGAAUUCCACUUACACUACUUAUAACGACGAUGCCCUAGGGAAGAUUGUCGAAGAAGUCAACGAAGAAAUAUCACCACUGGAAGCGAUCCCGGAGUUGCCUGAGAUACCGCACAAUUCCAAUGUUGCAAUUAGUCGAUCGUAGUAUUGGUUCGACUUUCGAGAUUUCGAAUGCUACUGGUUUCGCAGUCUCGGAUGGGACUGUCGAGAACGAAAAGGAAGCGCUGGAAUCCUUUACCGCGGUCUGAUAGAGUAUCUAAACCAUAAAUUAUGGCGUUCAUAUGUGUC